CCACCGCACCUGCCUGGCCCGGCAUCAUGCGUCUCCUGCUCCUGUCGCUCCUGCUCGUCACGCUCGCACAGCUCAUCGCCGGCGAUGCAGGCGCCGCCGCGGCGCCGCCGUCGGCCGCCGAGCAGCUGCGCCUCGGCACGGCGCACCUGACGUCGGGGCGUGCCUCGGCGGCCCUCGCCGCCUUCGACGCUGCGCUCGCCGUCGAGCUGGCGUCGUCCAGCGGCGCCUCGUACCUGACGCACUUCCGCCGCGCCACUGCGCUCCUCUCGCUCGGCCGCACGGGCGCGGCACUGCAGGCCCUCGACGCCGCCCUCGCCCUCAACUCGCACUUUGCCGCCGCGCACCUCGAGCGCGCCCGUGCGCUCACCAAGGACGGCCAGCUGGACGCGGCCGCGGCGGCGCUGAAGCAGUACGUCGCCAGCAAGCCGGGCGAUGCGGCCGCACUGGCGCUGCAGGCCUCGCUCUCGCGCGCCGGCGACGCCCGCCGCGCAGCGCAGAAGGCGCUGGCCGACGUGCGCAAGGCCGCGGCCAAGCAGCGCCCGCUCGACGCUGCCGGCCGCGCGCGCGCCGACGAGUGUGCGCGCAACGCUGCGGCUGUGCUCGAGGUGGCGCCGGGCGAGCUCGAGGUGCGCCGAUGGCGCGCAGAGUGCUGUGCCGAGAAGGAGGAGUUUGACGAGGCGCUCGCCGACUGGAGCCGCAUUGCGCAUCUCUCGCCCUCGCCCUCGCUUCUGCUUCGCCUCUCGUCGCUCUCCUACUACAUUCUCUCGACGCACGACUCGGGUCUGCGCACCUCUGCACUCGUGCAUCUCAAGUCCUGUCUCAACUCCGAUCCCGACAAUGGGCGCUGCGCACGGGCUCACCGUCGCCUGCGUGCCUUUGAGAAGUCGCUCAAGAAGGCACAGGGCUUCGCCGAGAGCGGCGCCUGGCGGCCAGUGCUGUCGGCUUUGCGAGGCGGCAAGGUCGGCGGUCUGGGCCUCAUCGAGGACGUCACCGCUGCCAUCCAGGCAGAUGCCGCCAUUGCAGAGGGCGACAGCGAGCCAAUCCUGCCUGUGCAACUGCGCGACCCGCUCGCGCACUCCGCCCUGCUGCACGAGCUGCGCGCGCUGCACUGCCGCGCCUACUUUGAGCUCGACGAGCUGGCCAAGGCCAAGCCGUUCUGCGAGGCGGUCCUGGCACGCGAUCCCGACAAUGCAUUCGCCCUUGCGGCGCGGGGCGAGGAGCACCUGGCGGCAGAGCGGUAUGAGGAUGCGGUGCGGGAUCUGGAGAAGGCGCUUCAGACCGCAGGCGGCCAAGAUCGAGGCCUGCACGCGCGCCUGCAGAAGGCACAGAAGCGGCUCAAGCUGAGCAAGACGAAGGACUACUACGCCGUGCUCUCGGUGCCGCGCACGGCCUCGGCAGCAGAGAUCAAGAAGGCCUUCCGGAAAGCGGCAAAGAUCCACCACCCUGACAAGGGCGGCAGUCCGGAGAAGAUGGCGCAGGUUAACGAGGCGUUUGGCGUGCUGGGCAACCAGGAGCUGCGCGACCGGUACGACGCUGGAGACGAUCCGAACGACCCGGCUGGCGGACAGGGAGGCUUCGCAAACCCGUUCCAGCAGGGCGGCCAUCCCUUCCAGCAAUUCUUUCAACAACAAGGCGGCUCGCCGUUCGGCAACCACUUUGGAGGGCAGCGGCAGCAGUUCCACUUCAACUUCUAGAUCUCCCCAGCCUCACAGCCUCAGCGUGCAAUCGCAUAUACGUCACACUUCGACUUGCCUCGUCGCCGCCACACCUGGGGCGGGCGUUGGGAGCAGGGCUGAGGAUGGCCACGCCGCGAUCGGCCCGUUCACGCGAGCCGCUCGUGAAGCGCGGAUGGCUGCGCACGUUGGCCUGACGAUGUAGACGAUGCAUUAG